AUGGAAAGCUUCUUAGAAAAAAAAAGUCCUGUUCUUAUAAAAGGAUGGCAAAAGAGAUAUUUUGUUUAUUGUGAUAAUCUACUCUUAUAUUUUAAAAACAAAGUGGAUUUACCUCCUUAUCAACCAAAAGGUAUUUAGAAAUAUCUAAUGAUAAAGGAGUUAUAAUGAAAUAGAAUAUUGUGUAGGUGGAUUAUUUAGACCCUAAUAAAAACGAGUUUAUUAUUCAUGUUGGUUAGAGAAAAUUUUAGUUAAAAGCAGAAAACAAGGAAAUAAAGGAAAAAUGGGUAUUCAUAAUGUUUGAUUUUCAGCUAGAUAUUUUGAAAGUACCAUUUAAUUAAACAUCCAAAACAAAGUCUGAAUUAUCCACUAUGAAUAAGGUCAAGUGGUAAUCAAUAAUUAUUUUCAAGGCAUGAAAUACCUAUACAAACAAUAAUUUAAUUUUAUUUGAGAAGAGAAGAAAUUUUAUCCAAUAUUAUUUAAUAAAAAACACAAGAUACAUAAAGUUCAUUAAUUAAAUCAUCCUAUAUCUAAUAGACAAUUGAAGCUAUGGGUGAUAAAGUAAUAUUUAGUAAAAUAUAAGAACAAAGAGUUUAUUUUGAGAUUGUUGGUUGAAAAAAAGUCUGUCAAGAAUCCAUUAGUUAAAAAGAAGAGAUGGUUGUUGCUUUUCACUUCCAUAAGUAUUGAGUCUUUAGACUAGAUUCAUUAAUUUAUUAAGUUCAUUCCUUAAUAAUACACUUUGGAUACUAUAAAUUUAUUAAAAUAUGAAAACAACUUGGCAACAUUGACAAGUAAUAGUUAUAUGUAAUAGCGUAAUAGAGACAACUAUAGAAUUAUACUAAAUCUAAAAUUUACAGUUUGUUGUUACUAAUGAAUAUCAAAUAAAUUUUAUAUACAAUGGUAGAGUAUUCGAAUUAAUAUUUCCUUAUUUAAGUGAUGCUAAAAAACUACAUGAUUAUAUCUUUAAAUGUUAACAAAUUAAUAAUAGUAUGCCUGUUUAAGUAAGUAGAACUAAUUAAAUACCUGUAUAUAAAAUGUAGGAUAGUAAAAGAAGAAUUAUUAAUCUGAAGGGAAAAACUAUUUUAGAGAGCUAAGUAGAAAAGAAGAUUAAUUCAACUCAAUGGAAAAAUGUUAUUCUUACUCUGAAGGAGCAUGCUUUAUUUUGGGAAUUCGUUGAUACUGAAGAAUAUUCAAAUAUUGAGUUGAAAUCUAUAUCAACAAUUGAGUAAUGUAAUAGAAUGUUCACUAUUAUUGUAAGCUAUUGAAAUUCUAUGUUAGGUAAAUGAUUAAAAUACAGUUCAAUAACAAUUUAGAGUAUCAACAAUACAUGAAGCCGAUGAGUGGACUGGGUAAUUAUCAUAUUUGACAGAUGUUGAAAUUACAUUUAAAGUAUUGGAGAAAUCACAAACUCUAUAAAAUUAUUAAUAAAAUGCAUUAACAAACUAAUCCUAGACUUAAUAAUUAAACAAAUAAAAGACUUAAUAAUAAUAGUUAGAAUAAAAGAAACCCUCUUUUUUUCAAUAGUUUUUUUGUUGGGGAGGUGAGAGAAAAGAAUAAUGA